GUGGUAGAGCCAACCGGUGUGGUUGUCUCCACUGAUGGUUUCCUCAUGGUCCAUGCAAAAGGCCGCAAGCCCAAACCAGCUCCAAAGCCGCCAGAUUCUCCCCUGCACUAUGUUUUGAGGUACAGCAACAUUUCUGCGAUGCAGUUGGCUGUGGACAAGGAGAACCACUACUCCUUUGUGGUCAUGGGAGCGGCAGGUGACCUGGCGAAGAAAAAGACCUUCCCAUCACUAUUUCAGCUGCAUUUGGGGCGACUCCUUCCAGGCAACAUGAAGAUUGUUGGCGUGGAUGAUCCCAAGUUUCACAAGGAAGAUGACAGAAUCUUUCAACCUGAAAGCUCCUUCCCCCAGCUUCAGGAUGUGACCAACGUGAAAGACUUUUGGGAGAAGCGCUUGCAGGAGCACCUGGAGAAACAGAGAGGAUGGGUCACAGAGGCAAUGCAGCUGCCCGUCUGCCGAUGA